AUGGCACCAGGGCAAUCAGAUUCGUUCCUCGUCACAGCCAGUAGUGCGCCAGCUGCCCCUAGCGACGGAAGUUCUAAUCUGGACAGGCCGAGGGACCUGGCGGGAAGCUACGAGGACGCGUCUGCAGCCGCGGUGCUGACGGUUCGGACGUUCGAGGGGGACUUGUGCCACGCGGCCGUUGUUAUGUGUCUGGGACAUCGCGGCGGCGGCGGCGGGCCCAGCGCGGAUCUCGGGGUGUGCGGCGCAGACCUCUUCGCGCAGCGCAUUGCAGGGGGUCACAACCUGCUCUCGGCCGCUGUCGCCCCAAUUGCCGAGGUGUAA